AUGGGUUGCAAACUUACAUUCGUCGACGACGUUCUCAAUCGAUCCUUUUACAAACUGGGCUUAAUGGUGGGAAAGCAGCCAGGCUACUUCAUCAUCAUCCCGGUCCUGCUCACAUUGCUAAUGGUUACUGGCUACCAACGAGUGCACUAUGAAAUGGAUCCUGAGUAUUUGUUUUCACCGGUCAGCGGACAGGGAAAACUGGAGAGAAGAAUCGUUGAAGAGCACUUCAAGGUCAAUUACUCUCAUCGAUUUAGCGUUGGAAGGAUUACCCGAGCAGGUAGGUUCGGCCGAGUCAUCAUCGUGGCAAAGGACAACAUCACCAACCUGCUGCGAACAGAAGUCUGGCAGGAGCUCCGACAACUAGACGAAUUGGUGCAAAACAUAACUGUGACUUUGCCAAGUGGAGAGACCUUCACGUACAAGGAAGAGUGCGCAAGAUGGGAGGGACAGUGCUUUGCCAAUGACAUCCUCAAUCUAGAUAAGAUUAUUGGCGAGGUCGAGCGCGGUGAACUGAAUCUAACAUUUCCUAUCAUGUUCAACCCUGUGACGUGGGAGGCUCAUGCUUUUCCAGUUUUCUUCGGUGGCUCCAAAGUUGUGGAUGAUAUGAUAGUAUCAGUACCCGCCGUGCAAUUGGUGUGGUUCGUAAGGACAGAUACCAAAUUGCAGCAGGAAAGGGGUGCAGCAUGGGAAGACGCAUUUCUCGACGAAGUCGGCAUAGCCGAAGAUACAGGACGUUUCAAGCACAUUUCAAUCGCUCGCUUCGCAUCACGCACUCUCGAUCACGAGCUUGAAAAGAACACCCGGACGGUCGUGCCUUUCUUCAGUUCGACCUUUAUUUUAAUGGGGAUAUUCUCUAUUCUAACGUGUAUGAUGGGCGACUGGGUUCGUUCUAAACCUUGGUUGGGCCUACUUGGAAACAUCUCUGCUGUUAUGGCAACCGUGGCAGCUUUUGGUUGCGCAAUAUAUUUAGGAAUUUCUUUCAUUGGAAUUAACCUAGCAGCACCAUUCCUCAUGAUCGGUAUUGGUAUUGAUGACACGUUUGUAAUGCUAGCGGCAUGGCGGCGCACUUCGCCAAAACUUCCCGUGCCAGAGAGAAUGGCAACGAUGCUUUCCGAGGCUGCUGUUUCUAUAACGAUAACAUCGGUCACGGAUAUGCUUUCCUUUUUCAUCGGUAUCUUUUCACCAUUUCCAUCGGUGCAAAUAUUCUGCAUGUAUUCAGGUCUAGCCGUAUGUUUUACAUUUGUAUGGCAUCUCACAUUUUUUGCCGGUUGUAUGGCUGUAUCCGGAUACCGAGAGAAGCAAAACAGACACACCAUCACGUGGUUAAAGGUGUUGCCAGAAUCAAGAGCUCGCAAAGAAGAAAAGUCAUGGCUAUACCGGAUAUUCUGCAGUGGUGGAAUAGAUCUCGCCGAUCCAGACAAUCCUAUCGACAACAAAGAACAUUGCAUUAUGGCGUUCUUCAAAACCACCAUGGCAAAUAUACUUAACAACAGCUUCAUCAAGGCAUUGGUCAUCCUCAUAUUUUUAAUGUACCUCGCUGGAGCUGGUUAUGGUGUUACGAACCUUAAAGAAGGUUUGGAGAGAAGAAAACUUUCUAAGGUGGAUUCGUAUUCUGUGGAGUUCUUCGAUCGCGAGGAUCUCUAUUACAGAGAAUUCCCUUAUAGAAUACAGGUUGUGAUCAGUGGAACUUAUAAUUAUUCCGAUCCACAAAUCCAAGACGAAGUUGAAACACUGACACAGAAAUUAGAGAACACAUCAUACAUAUCGAACUCCUUGUACACCGAAUCGUGGCUACGAACGUUCGUCAAUUACAUAUCGAGAAAUAACGACUAUUUGAAUGUCACUAUUGACACCGAACCCGAAUUCAUUAAAAAUCUAAAAGAAUUAUGGCUCUUCCCCGCCAAUCCAUUUUCUUUAGAUGUGCAAUUGAACGAAGCUGGGGAUCAAAUUAUCGCCUCGAGAUUUUUAAUACAAGCGAUUAACAUCAGCGGUACUAAUCACGAGAAGGAAAUGGUCAAAGUUCUGAGAGAUAUUGUGGCCGAAUCGCCACUUAAUGCAUCAGUCUUCCAUCCGUAUUUCGUCUUCUUUGAUCAGUUCGAGCUCGUCAAGCCCACGUCCAUUCAGAACCUUUGUUACGGAGCACUUAUGAUGAUGAUCACUUCUUUUAUAUUUAUCCCCAAUAUUUUAUGCUCUUUAUGGGUUGCUUUUAGCAUUAUAUCAAUAGAAGUCGGUGUUGUGGGAUACAUGGCCCUAUGGGAUAUCAAUCUCGAUUCUAUAUCAAUGAUCAAUUUAAUCAUGUGCAUCGGAUUUUCUGUAGAUUUUACGGCUCAUAUUUGCUAUGCUUACAUGACAUCAAAGGCAAAAACUCCCGAUGAAAGAGUAAGCGAAUGUUUAUAUUCUUUAGGUCUCCCUAUAGUUCAAGGUUCAUUUAGUACAAUUCUAGGCGUUAUAGCGUUGUUGCUAGCAGACAGCUACAUCUUUUCAGUGUUCUUCAAAAUGGUAUUUAUGGUGAUAUUCUUCGGUGCAAUGCACGGCUUAUUCCUUCUACCGGUUUUACUCUCUCUGUUCGGGCCAGGGUCGUGUACGAGGACAGAUAAAGAUAUAAAAAUGGCGAAAGUAGACAAAUGUUUUCCCCAUCCAUAUUGCUUACCACACCCGCAAUUAGUCUUGAACGAUCAGAUCUUCAAUGGAAAAAAUAUUAAUCCCAAUGGCGUCUACAAGAUCUAUGGAGACGAUAAGGACUUAGGAAUUGGUACUUCAGGUGAAGAUACAAGCGAAAGCAGCUCUAACCAGUCGCAGCGAAGACAAAUUGGUAACGAUGGAAAUGGAAAGAAGAAGUACGAAGACAGAUGGAAAAAAUCAAACUACUGUCAAAGCACCAGCCAAUUUCAACCCUCCGGUGAAUUAGACUUGUACGGACACGAUACAGACAAAACGUGGACAAGACAACCCCACGAUGAUAAUCGCCGAACAUUGGACAAUUACCGUAGAAACCAAGUACAUAGGGAUGCCGAUUGGGUCGCACCUCGUAAGACAAGCGAUGCAGGACCUCUUCGAGAAGGUCCGUAUAGAGUAAUGCGAGCUCAUUCGCAUCACAACAUCCAUAGGCCACGGGCCCCUAGGCGUUCAAACUCCCACCAUAAUCUCGAACAUUUAGACUAUGUAGCGGAAAUGCGUUUUCCUUGA